AAGCAGUGUGAAGCAUUUAGAACGUGAGUCUAUUAUCCUCUACUUCUUUUGUGUGAAAUAGAUAAGAUAACUAACAACCCCGCUUCAUGUUCGAUACCAGUGUGCAUCCAUCAUGGCUCGACCAUUGCUUUGUUCAACCGGAUCCGAUCGCAAACCGUGUCGACAAAGUAUCUCGGAGUCAACGAAGCAAAGACAACCUAUACUGGAUCACUCUCCUAUGUGGCACGCCCCAGCUCUUGGGAUCCGUUUGUCAUUUGGGCCGUUGACGGUGAAACUGGUCCGAUUCAUUAUAACCAGCAGGUCAUGCUGCAGUGUAUCAAAACAGGCGUGAUGAGCCCCGUGAUGACUGUACGUAAAGGUACCCUGAGACAGCAAACCAACGAGAUUGGCGACCCUGUUUCGCAAUUACACCGAGUGGCAUUCGAACUGGCCGCUCCUGCUGGGGCAGCGGGUCGAGGAGCAGCAGGAGGCGUUCAUGUUGGUGGAAAACAGUACCUGGCAUGUAUCAACGAUACAGUACUUACCACAGCUUUAGAUCCGGUGGCUGAUACGGCAAUCUGGACAAUCAUUGGUACCGAUUGUGCGACAUAUACAUUCUGGAGGCCUGACAACAAUAAUAUUAGCGAUAAGGCUUUCCCCAAUUCUACUCCUUCCACCGCUGGUGGUGUCGUCACUCCGUUUCCAGAUGUGCAAUCUGUGACGGCAGAAGGCAAGGACCGUCUAUUGUUGCUGGGCAACCAUCUGACAAAGCUUCUUUCCGUUUAUCUUGGCGACGUCAAAUGCUGUAGCUUGUCUUAUUCCCAUGGUAGCGACAGCAUUGCCUGCAUUAUCCCUUCCGUCGACGCACUAGCUGCAAGCUCGGCAUGCACCUGCCUUGACAAUGGCACUCGUCGGCUACCAAUAAUCAUGGUACGUGAGUCGGAUGGUACUGCUUACCGUACAAACCAUUUCUAUACCUUUUGAUCCUUUUUGUUCUUCUUUUGUUCGUUCCCCAACCUCAUUCUCGCUCUACAUUCAAAUUCAACCAAUCAUCGUUUUUGCCUUCAUUAUAAAGCUGUAGAUAGUAGUAGUAGUAGUAAUCGUAUAUGUAAUGUAAAUAGAAUUUUUCAAUAUUAAGGUACAAAGCAACAAAAAAAUGUACAAAAAA